UUUAACUAUCUUCCUUUCGUAAUCCUAUCUCGUUUCACACGAUGGCUCAACCACCACAAGAUCAGGAGAGAAAAUACAGUGCUGCUUCCAGGGAGGAAGUUUUUGAUGAAAUCGACAAAGAAGAGAAGCCUCCUUCACUUGUCAAAGGCUCCGCUGUAUUGUCACGCACCAACUCCAUAGUCAGUACCAUCAGCAAUGAAAGCGGUAGGGACAUCAAGCUACGAACCAUGAGCUGGAAAAAGACAGCUGCCGUGCUGUUCGGAGAGUACGUGUGCCUUGCCAUUAUGUCGUUCCCAGCCUCUUUCAUGGCACUGGGUAUGGUGGGAGGAAUUAUAGCAACCCUAGGAAUUGGUGUGAUUACGCUUUACACAUCCAUGACCCUCUGGAAGUUCCAAAUGAAGCAUCCUGAAUGCCGUGACAUCUGUGACAUAGGAUACAAGUUAUUUGGCAACAGUCGUAUCGCAUACGAACUGACUACGUUUGGUCUUUUGGCCAACAAUCUCAUGAUUUUGGGUCUACAUACAUCCACUGGAGCCAAGGUUUUCAGCACCUUGACCGAUUCACAGCAAUGUAACAUCAUAUGGGCUGUGGUAACCAUGGUCAUUUGCAUUCUUCUUUCACUUCCAAGAACCCUGACGCAAGUCUCCUUCCAGAGUGUCAUCUCAGCCAUAUUGAUGUUUACAUCCGUUAUGCUUUGUAUGGUGUUUGCCGGUAUCGAAGACGAGCCUGCUGGUUACGUGGAGGGCACUGUCGUUAAAGCUUCAGCAUUGGCUCCUCCCGGAACGACCUUCGUAGCAGGGUUUAACGCUAUCCUGAAUAUCACCUAUACCUUCAUCGGCCAGAUCUGCUACCCUUCGUUUAUUGCAGAAAUGGAGAAUCCAGCAGACUUUCCUAAGGCCUUGUACGCAUGUACUGUAGCUGAAUUUAUUCUUUUCACAGUACCUGGCAUUGUCAUAUAUUACUAUAUGGGUCAGUAUACCGUUGCACCAGCAUUUGCUGGAUUACAACCACUCUACAAGAAAAUUGCUUUCACUAUGGCACUUCCAACCAUCAUCGUUAUCGGAGUAAUUUAUGCCAACAUCACCGCAAAAUACUUGUUCAAUCGCAUAUAUAGAAACUCACAUCAUCGAUACAGCAACACUUGGCAAGGAUGGUCUAUGUGGGUAGCACUGAUUGUUAUCAUAUGGAUUCUUGGCUUCAUCAUUGGUGAAGCUGUACCGUUCUUCGGCGACCUGUUGUCUUUGAUUUCUUCUUUGUUCGACAGUUUCUUUGGUCUCAUCUUUUGGGGCUACGCUUACUUGGUUCUGAAUAAGGGUAACUGGUUUACCACCAAAAAGCAAACAUUUUGGACAAUUCUCAACAUCCUCAUUAUCAUUAUCGGUAUCAUUGUGUUUGGUGUUGGUACUUACACCUCUAUCCAGUCUAUUCUCAAUGACUACGCUGUUGGAGCUGUUCGUUACCCAUUCACCUGUGCUAGCAGUGCUAUCUAAACACCCAUUUCCUCUCAACAUCGAAUUUUUUUCUCUUCGUCUGUACUUUUUUGUCUAAUCUGUAAUUUCCACUGUCAUCUACUUGAUCAUUUUCUUUUUGUACCAACUGCUCUUUAUAUAUAUCCAUCAUUCUUUGAUC